ACUUAUAUUGGUAGAGGGAGGCGGUGAAUGGUACUUGUACUGGGAGAGGAAGAGGGGCACUGGUACAGGCAGAGAUGGAUUUGAUGUAAUGUGGGGUGACAUACUGGUAGAGAGUGGGGUUGUUUGGUACUGGGAGAAAAGUAUGACAUACAGGGAGAUUGAGUAUACUGAUACUGGGAGGGAGUUGAGAGACUGGGAGAAGGUGUGACUGGUUCUGGGAGGGAGGUGUGAGUGGUACCUGACAGAUAACAUGGGCAAAGGUAGUGCAACUUGCUGAAGCUAGCGGAUGAUAACCAAUUCAGUACUGAACCAAAGGCAUGGACUACUGUGCAGUGAGGACCAAGUGCCUAUUAUACUGGGGAUCACAUCAGGGUGUAACCUGUCCUGUAUAAAUCACUAAUUCACUGAGGAUGGACAUGGACAAUGGAACUGUGACUCAGAGGAUACUACAUCUCACCCUGGAGAUAAUCUACCUGCUGACUGGGGAGGAAUACACAGUAGUGAAAAAGACAUCCGGUCAGCAUGAGACACCCAGCAGCCGUCCCCAUGUGUCAGGAGAACUGAGCAGGACCCAGAGCCCCAUCACGGUUCCUCCACCUCACUCACUGAUACAUGAGAGGCACAAUGACCAGAAGAUCCUGGAACUCACCAACAAGAUCAUUCAGCUGCUGACUGGAGAGGAGAGGGAGUAUAUAGAGGAACACAGGGGUCUGUACAAGGACGUGAUGAUGGAGAAUCACCGGCCCCUCACCUCACUGGAUGGACCCAGUAACAGAGAUACCCCAGAGAGAUGUCCCCGUCCUCUGUAUUCCCAGGAUUGUGCAGAGGAGAAUCACAGUAUCCCACAGCAGGAUCAGGGUGAAGAUGUGGCUAAUAUGAAGGUAGAAGAUACAGAGGGAGAAGAAGACACAUAUGUGAGGGGUGGUCAGCAGUGUAAGGAGGAGAAAAUCCCUACAGAUAUCAGCACAGGAGAUGGAGGUACAAGCGUGAAGACCUCAGAGGGAGAUCUUGUUUUGUCUCCAGACUUUCAAAUACAAGAUAACAUCAGCCAGGAUUCUACAAGAGACAUCCCCAGUACUCUAAAUAUACAUCACAGUGCUGAUCUAUCAUCUGAUCCCUCUAAUAUUGGGGAAUGUUCUCCUGAUAACUCAAAUAUUGUUACACAUAAUGCUGGUCUUACAGGUGAUUCAGUCUUUAUCUGCUCUGAAUGUGGUAAAAGUUUUGAAUAUCAGUCAGUGUUUGUUAGACAUCAGAGAAGUCACACAGGUGAGAGGCCGUUUCCAUGUUCAGUGUGUGGGAAAUGUUUUACACAGAAAUCAUAUCUCGUUACACAUGAGAGAAGUCACACAGGCGAGAAACCAUUUGCAUGUUCUGAAUGUGGAAAACGUUUUACAUCAAAAUAUUAUCUUGUAAUACAUGAGAGAAGUCACACAGGUGAGAGGCCAUUUCCAUGUUCUCUGUGUGGAAAACGUUUUACAUCAAAAUCAGAUCUUGUUCUUCAUGAGAGAAUUCACACCGGUGAGAAACCAUUUUCAUGUUCUGAAUGUGGAAAACAUUUUACAUCGAAAUCAUAUCUUGUUACACAUGAGAGAAGUCACACGGGUGAGAGGCCAUUCCCAUGUUUCGAAUGUGGAAAACGUUUUAUGUUGAAAUCACAACUUGUUAUACAUGAGAGAAGCCACACAGGAGAGAAACCAUUUCCAUGUUCUGAAUGUGGAAAACGUUUUACAUUGAAAUCACAACUUGUUACACAUGAAAGAAGCCACACAGGAGAGAAACCAUUUCCAUGUUCUUUGUGUGGGAAAUGCUUUUCACAGAAAUCGCAUCUUGCUAGACAUGAGAGAAGCCACAUAGGAGAGAAACCGUUUCCAUGUUCUGUGUGUGGGAAAUGCUUUUCACAGAAAGCACAUCUUGUUACACACGAGAGAAGUCACACAGGCGAGAAACCAUAUUCAUGUUCUGAGUGUGGGGAAUGUUUUACUUGGAAAUCCCAUCUUGUUAAACAUCAGAGUAUUCACACAGGUGUGUAACCAUUUCUGUGUACUGAGGGUUUGAUUUGGAUUUGUUUUGUAAAUAUAAAAUAAAUAUAAUGGUUUGCAUACAA